UUCCCUUUAAAAAAAAGUAAAAAAAAUAAUUAAUUCGAAGUGCUAUCGCGGGGUGUAGAUUUUUUAAGUUUUCAAAAUUUUCUCAGCAUUGGCAAUCUGCAACAGUGGAAGGCCGCGGACUCCUGAUUUUCUCCGGCAGAUUUGAAAAUCAAUCAAGGGUAAUAGGUUGACCAGAGAGCUGCGAAGAUGGCAACGGAGUCUUCUGAGGGAGAGGAUGAAGGAAAACUUGUGGGAGGCAGCAAGGAUUUAAUUGUGGAUGGUGACCUGCGAGAAAUGACAAAAAAUGCAGCUUGGAGUGUUAGUUCUUGCAAGCCUGGUAAUGGAGUUCAGUGCCUCCGAGAUGAUAAUUCCGAAACCUAUUGGCAAUCUGAUGGAGCACAACCUCAUCUGAUAAACAUUCAAUUUCAGAAGAAAGUGAAAUUGCAACUUAUUGUGCUCUAUCUCGAUUUCAAGCUUGAUGAGAGCUACACACCUAGCAAGAUCUCUAUUAGAGCUGGCGAUGGCUUUCAUAACAUGAAGGAAAUAAAAGCUGUGGAGCUAGUCAAGCCAGCUGGUUGGGUGUACAUCUCGUUAUCCGGAAAUGAUGCGCGGGAAACUUUUGUUAAUACUUUCAUGCUGCAAAUUGCUGUAUUGUCAAAUCACCUUAACGGAAGGGAUACCCAUAUGCGCCAGAUAAAAGUUUAUGGACCUCGACCAAAUCCUGUUCCGCGUCAGCCAUUUCAGUUCACCUCUCCUGAGUUUUUGACAUACUCCACUGUCAGAUGAGGAUAGCGAGAAUGAGAUGCCACUGUCUCUGUAUCAUACACUGCUCUGCUAUAUUUGUUCUUAUCAUUCCUCCAAUGUCAGAUGAAUUUUUUAAAAAAAAAUUAUCUUGGCAACCAAGAGAUGAUGCUGUGAUUGCUGAUCGGCUGCCUGGCAACCCUUGAUUCAGAAGUAAACCAUGCACACUGCCAGGAUAGCAGGAAUUAGCUACGCUUUGAAUCGAUUCAUAUGGUAUUGCCAAAUUAAAAUGUACUUGUAUAACUGUGGAACAUCUGUGUUUAUGCUUUUGUCCAUAAUGCUUAGCAAUAGAUAGGUAUACCUUGUUUGUUCGCCUAAAUGAAAAAUGAGGUUGUUGAUGUGGUUUGUUUCGCGCAAUGUUAUACUUUGUACAUUUGUUCA